ACUGGCAGUGGCGACGAAGGUUGUAGCGGCAGCAUGAAGCGGACUCCGACUGCUGCGGAACGAGAACGCGAAGCUAAGAAACUGAGGCUCCUUGAAGAGCUUGAAGACACUUGGCUUCCUUAUCUGACCCCCAAAGAUGAUGAAUUCUAUCAGCAGUGGCAGCUGAAAUACCCUAAACUCAUCCUGCGUGAAGCUGGUGGCGUCCCUGAGGAGCUCCACAGGGAGGUUCAGGAGGCCUUUGCCACGCUGCACAAGUGUGGCUGCCUGUCCCGGGACCUGGUGAGGAUCCAAGGCAAAGACCUGCUCACUCCGGUCUCUCGCAUCCUCAUCGGCAACCCAGGCUGCACCUACAAGUACCUGAACACCAGGCUCUUCACGGUGCCCUGGCCGGUGAAGGGCUCCAACAUAAAAUACCACGAGGCAGGAGUAGCUGCUGCCUGUCAGGCCCUCCUCAAGCUCAACCACUUCCUGCAGAUCAAGACCAUCCAGGCCUGGGAGGAGCUUGUGGCCAAAGAACGCGCGAACAUCGACGUCGUGCCCGUGUGCAUCGGUCCUGAUUUCCCCAGGGCUGGAAUGGGGGUUUUUGAUGGACCAGACGAAGUGGACAUUAAGAACAGAUCUGCGUACAAUGUGACUUUGCUGAAUUUCAUGGAUCCCCAGAAAAUGCCCUACCUGAAAGAGGAACCUUAUUUUGGCAUGGGGAAGAUGGCACUGAGCUGGCACCAUGAUGAGAAUCUGGUGGACAGGUCGGCGGUGGCGGUGUACAGUCACAGCUGCGAAGGCCCCGAAGAGGGAAGUGAGGAUGAUCCUCAACUGGAAGGCAGGGAUCCUGACGUUUGGCAUGUUGGUUUCAAGAUCUCCUGGGACAUAGAGACACCUGGCUUGGCAAUACCCCUUCACCAAGGAGACUGCUAUUUCAUGCUUGAUGAUCUCAAUGCCACCCACCAGCACUGUGUUUUGGCUGGUUUACCGCCUCGGUUUAGUUCCACCCACCGAGUAGCAGAGUGCUCGACGGGAACCUUGGAUUACAUCCUAAAGCGCUGCCAGUUGGCUCUGCAGAAUGUCUGUGAUGUGAAAGACAGUGGCGAUGUCUCACUGAAGUCCUUGGAGCCUGCAGUUUUGAAACAAGGAGAAGAAAUCCACAAUGAGGUCGAGUUCGAGUGGCUGAGACAGUUUUGGUUUCAAGGGAAUCGAUACGAAAAGUGUACUGACUGGUGGUGUCAGCCCAUGACUCAGCUGGAAGAAAUGUGGAGGAAGAUGGAAGGUGUGACAAAUACGGUGCUUCAUGAGGUUCGAAGAGAGGGGGUCCCCGUGGAACAAAGGAACGAAAUCUUGACUGCCAUCCUGGCCUCGCUCACCACGCGCCAGACGCUGCGGAGGGAAUGGCACGCCAGAUGCCAGUCCCGACUCGCUCGGACGUUGCCGGAGGACCAGAAGCCCGAGUGCCGGCCGUACUGGGAGAAGGACGACCCUGCGAUGCCUCUGCCGUUCGACCUCACAGACGUCGUUUCGGAGCUCAGAGCCCUGCUGCUGGAGGUCAAGCCCUAGCGGGAGCUCGGCCGCAGGUGGAGGGGGAGCAGGCGUCCGGCUCCUCUCCUCCGUCCCUGUCGUGGGCUCGUGCCGGGGCGGUGUGGGUGGCCUAAGCCUGUAGAUUGUAGAACCCGGGUCCCAGUCAGAAACAGCGAGGGAAGGGGCCCGGGAACAUGACGGUGUUUAGAGAUGGCGCAGUGUGAUACCUUCUUUGAUAUUAAACAGAACCUUACCCUGAUUUUUCCCCAUGUGGGUUUUUAAUGCGAGCCCCUCAGCUCUCAAGGCCAAGGGAGGAGACAAGGGUGAACCCAGCCUGUGACAAAACCUGGACUGCUCCCUUCUUACACCUUUACAAACACUAGAGGCAGAUGACGCCGGAGCCCCCUGGGGACAACAGAACGCAGAGGUGCCCACCCAGUUCCUGGCCGCCCUGUUCAGGCCGCUGUGGCUCCGUACAUUGAAACUUGACAUCAGUGGUAGUUGAAACCUCAGCCCCAGGGGCAGGAGCCACGUCCCAGGUGCAGAGCAGCCACGGGAGGUUUCUGAUGCUCUGGACGUGCAGACGCAGACCUUCACCUCUGGCACGGUCCUGGCGGACGCCGCAGGCAGAGCCUGAGCCAGGGCCGCUCGCUGCAGGGUAGCCUCUGCCCCUGUCCAGGAAAGACCUCCGCGAAAGCCCAGCGGCGGGCUUGAGCUCCACGCAGGGCGGGGCAGUGCUCACCGUUACAGUGAGGUUGACUUCCUCCCCUUGGGAAGUGGUCCUGGCCUAAUGAAUUUGCUCCGUGGAUUUAGCCAGCACAGCAUUUCCCCUAUAAUCCCUGAUUUGCACGUAACGACGGGCGGGAUUCAGGUUUGAGGAGCCCUGGACCCUACCCAAUGACUUUGGCACAGUAGAGAGAUGGCAUGGAGCCGAGGUCGAGACCUGGGCCUUGAUCACACCUCCCACUAGCUGUGUGACCUUUGGCACGCCACCGUGCUCAGUUCCUCCUCUGUGUAUCGGAGGUGCUGAAGGUGCCGACUCACAAGGUGAGGUUCAGUGACGUCAUUCAGCUCCGGCGGGAGCGCUAAAUAAUUUCGUUGAACAAUUUCUGAUGUGUAGUUAAGUAUCCAAGAGAUAUUGGAGUUGUUUACCUAUCAGUAAGCUGACCCUCUGGAGACACCUCCUUCCUCCUCAGUCCUUGUGACGGUUUUGUCCUAUUGCCCGGACGCGUCUCCUGCCCUUUGGUGACCCCUCUCCCAGCUGUGGCCUCCUCCCGGACUGUUCGCAGUACUUGGAAGGUGAAGAGCGUUUACGCCACGAGAGGCGCUGAGGGCCAGCCCGGCCGCUGCCAGCAGGCCCGCCCUGGUUCCAGGUGUCGUUCAUCCGCAGGGAGCUCAGCCGGACACGCCAGGCAAAGCAGCCAGGGAUUCCCGAUCUGGGGGCGGGUGUCUCCGACCCUGGGUGAACCCCUGCCUCCUGGAGCCCCGAUGUCCUCCUUCAAGGAGACGAAGCCCCGCCUCGCAGGGCUUGUGGCUGCGUCAUCUGGGCGGGGCACAGAGAAGUCGCAGCCGGGCACCCGGGGCCAUCUCGCCUGGUGUUUUAUUUAGGCCUCACUGUGUUGGUUCUUUGUUAUAUUUCAAAAGGGUCGAUAUUUGAAGAACUGGGAGAUUUCUUAUAAAAUAAAAAUGUGUGCUGUCUCUGUCGGACUCAGGAGAUCUUGCAGCCCGGGGUGGCAGGGAGCUGGGUGUCUUCUUGCUUGUAGGUGGCGCACGAGCCCUCCAUGGCCCCUGGGCUCCUGGUGUCAUUUGUCAUAAAGCUGACUCGCUCCCCAAACCUGCUUGCUUGCACCCCUGUAGUAGCAAUAAAUGAUGUUCAGUGCUCACCCCCA